AGAAAAAUUAACAGAGGGUGUUGUUCACAAGCAGUGAGAGGCGCAGGAAGCCAGUAAAACGAGUGAAAGAACUGAAAGGCAAGUAAAAUGAAACAAGGGAGCAUAAGUCAUCUUUUGCUUAUAGGAUUUGGCUCACUGCUUGUUUCUUUAAAUCUUACACAAGCAAGCUGUGUCUCUAUGCAAAUGCAGCAUCACUAUCCUUUUUCCCCAUCACUAACGAUCGAAACCUCGCAAGCACCAGAUGAAGGGAUGUUACCGACAGGCUAUAAUCACUCAAUUAUUUGCAUCAGUAAUAUUUCCGAAAAAUUCUAUGGAAACCCAUACUAUGGUCAGCCAUAUUGGAUGCAGAUUUUCUUUAAUGAUGCCUACGUAAGAAGUUGCGGUGGUAGAAGCAGCGACAGCGAAGACUCAAAAAUAUGUACGUACCCCAUUGUGAAUUCCGUAGAGGCUGAUUCUGGAAAUUAUACCUGUGUGGCACGCAACCAGCUGUUGUGCAUUAUUGGGACAUUACCCGUCAAGUUUGAGAAGCCGACACUUCCAACCGUAACUUUAAACCCACCUCAGGAUUUCAACGUUUCCUAUGGAAGUACAGUCAACUUUACAUGUCAGGCAAGAGGAUCUCCCAAACCUAAAAUCACUUGGUAUAAGGAUGGCAGGCCCCUCUUUGGAAGGAACAUCCAGAACGUACAGGGAAUUUCACAGCUAACCUUGGAAUCCGUUACAUCAUAUGACGGGGGCGAGUACUGGUGUGAGGCAAAAAACUCAGAAGGAGGGAGAACAUCCAACAAUACGACUAUUAAGGUUCUCUCAAUGCCAGUCAUACUGGUUCACCCAAGCAACGUUUCCUUAAACCUGGAGGAAACAAAUAUAAAGGUGAUCUUCUUCUGCAAGGUCAUUGGUUUCCCUCGUCCUUCUAUAACUUGGCUAAAGAACGACUCUACCUUGACUGGUGGCAUGGUGGUUCAGAAUGGCAGCAGCUCAUUUCUUGUGCUUCAAAGUGUGACAAAAGAGGAAACCUUCGCAAGAUAUAAAUGCAUUGCCAAGAACUCUCUCGGAGAAGUGUCAUCAAAAGAGGGAGUGCUGGUAGUCCGUGAACAGAUUCAACAUUCAGGUAUUACAAAGGGACAACGCCCUUUCUAUUUCCAGCCAAGAAGCAUCAAGGCUAUCACAGGAGACCACGUGGUUUUCGUGUGUGCCGUGGAGGGUAGUCCUGUCCCACAAAUCGUGUGGUUAAAAGAUGGUUCAGCAAAUGUGGACGGUAACAUUGAUUACUACUCAGGAGAGCAAAGUGCCACUUCUGUGCUCAAGAUCUACCCCGUGAGUGAGAGCCACGUUGGUCGUUAUUCAUGCGAAGCAACAAGAUUCGCGGGAAAUGCAAUCUCACAGGAGGCAGUACUCGUCAUAACAGAUAAAGAAUCCUCUCAUUCCACAUUGUGCAUUUCCAAAGUUGUGUGGGUCCCAGUUGCUACAGGAGCUUUUGUACUACUUCUUAUUGUCAUUUCAAUAUUUUUGGUUCACGUCAGAAAUAAAAAUGCCAAAUUCAACAUCGCGAAAAAGAUGAGAGAAGAUAACCAAUUGCCACAUCUUCACACCCAAGACGAUAUGAUAAGUCAACAAAGAGGGAACAGUAAAGCCCCGCGAUAUCAGAUGACAAACUUGGCAUUUACAAAUCUGUGAAAUUUUAUCCUUUGCACUGUCACAUAGUUUGUAUCUAACAAAAGUGGAAUUGAAGUACUUCGACUCGCCUCCACGUUGCCUUCAUGUUUUUUUUUUUUUUUACUUAUUUAGCAGACAAUUGUUCAAGUAAAGGGACAAUGCCUAUAACAUGUAGAAAACUUCUAGGCAGCUCAGAAUCAUCAAAAUGGACUGUCCUUCAAAAAUUGUUUAUGGUGAAAUUUUCCCAAUUUAGGAAAUUCACGAUCACACGAGGCCGGGGAAAACAUCAUUAAGAAAACUAUUUUCUACUAAGAGUAGAUUGAUGUGUUUACCAGUUUAACGUCUCUAAAGACGCCAAACGUUCCAUUCAGCUUUAAUUGGGAUGCGGCCAAGAGUUCUUAAUGAAUAAUAGGUCAUCGGCAUCCCUUUCUUAGACUGCCCUAAAAAUAGGCGAUUUCAGGUUUUUAUUUAGCAUGGAGCUUUCAGGAAAUGUAAAGAGGUUUUAAGAACAGGAGUUGAGCUAUUGUUCUGUUCAUUAAAUCCUUUGUUUCGCCACCUGCUCCUUACAGUCUGCAUUGUGGUUUUCUACAGGCCCCUAAUUUCUCUACCUGUACAUACAUUUAUCCAUUCACGUCAUUGUAACAAACAAGUGUCUUCGCCACCUUAUUAGUUGUUCGCUGUAUGAUAUUAUACCCUUUUUUAUUACUCGAUCGUUUAGCUGUUUUUGUUUUGCCUUUAUCCAUGUUCUUUCCGCAUGUUUUGCAUGAUGCCCUAUAUUGUAUCAAUCAAUUUCCUCAUCUGUAAGCAAAUGGUAAAUAAAAUCGGUUAUGGAAGAGA